AUGUCAAGCGGGAAUCCAUUUGAUAAUGGGAACCCGAAUGAUGGUAAUAAAAGUCCAUCAAUAGAUGAAUUAUAUAGUCCAAGCGAAUCUUUAGCAAGAGAUGGUGAUGAUAAUAAUAAUAACAACAACAACAACAACAACAAUAAUAAUAAUAACAAUAAUAAUAAUAAUUCAAGCGUAUCAGAAAAAAAAAAGAGUAAAAAAAAAGUUAGAAUUCAAGAAGAAGAAAGAUUAACAGAAUCAUAUGAUGAUGAUGGUGAUGAUGAAGAAAGAAGAGCAUACAUUGAGAAUGAAGAGGGAGAGGAGGAGGAGACUGAGGAUGGUAUAAUAUUACAACCAAUUGUUAGAGAUCAUUCAACAUAUAGACCAAAGAAUUUGUAUGGGUCAAGUGACGAUAUUAGGGAGGGUGAUUCAUUUGGAGCUAAAGUGAGUAAAACUUUUGGAAAGACAAAUAAAAAGAUUAAACAAAAGAUUGGCGAGUCCAAUAAAAAGAUAGAGACACGUGUGAAGCAUUCCAAUAAGGCCAUUGAAGAGGGUUGGAAGACCAUUGCCCAAACCACAAUGAAACCAGUAGACAAUAUUCGUGAGCAGCAUCAUCGUAGGGCUGAACAACACGAGGUAGCAGAGCGUGCAGUUUGGUUCAAAGAUAAAUUACAAAUUCAAAAGUAUGAAUGUCUAGAUUACGUCACCAUCUACAACAAAGCCCAUCGUAAUGAGUUGUAUAAAAACUUUUCAAAAUUAGCCUCUGAUCACGAAGUUUUACGUUGGAUAGUUUCAUUAUUUAUGGGUAUCUUUAUUGGUGUAAUCGCAUAUUUCUCACAUGCUUGUGUUUCAAAUAUUACAAAAUAUAAAUUUAAAUUUGUUGAAGCAGUUUUGGAAUUGGAUUUAUUUUUAGCAUUUUUAACAUACUUUUUAUUAAAUACAUUAUUGGCAACUUGUUCAUCAUUGUUGGCAGUUUAUUAUGAACCAACAGCAGCAGGAUCGGGUAUACCAGAGGUGAAGGGAUAUUUGAAUGGAACAAAGAUACCACAUACAUUGAAGAUGAAGACAUUGUGGACUAAAUUUUUAUCAAUGGUUUUGGCAGUUAGUAGUGGUUUACAAGCUGGUUCAGAGGGUCCAAUGAUUCAUAUUGGUGCUAUUGUUGGUAACGGUUUUUCACAAGCACAGAGCAAAGAGUUUGGUUUUAAAAUUCCAUUCCUAAGAUCAUUUAGAAAUGAUAAGGAUAAGAGAGACUUUGUUACCAGUGGUGCAGGUGCAGGUGUUGCAGCAGCCUUCUCUGCCCCAUUGGGUGGCACAUUGUUUAGUUUGGAGGAGGUGUCGUCGUUUUGGUCGAUUGCACUCACUUGGAGAGCUUUCUUUUGUUGCAUGGUCGCCACUUACACUAUGAACGUACUUCAAUCCAAUUCGGGUAGUUUAACAGGUUUAAUCAUUUUCAACACUGGUAUUGGUGAUAAGGAGUCUUACAAUUGGUUCGAGAUCAUUCCAUUCCUUUUGAUUGGUGUUUUGGGUGGUUUGGGUGGGGCCCUCUUCACAUGGAUCAAUGUAAAGGUUACAGAGUUUCGUCGUGAGAAAAUCAAUAAAAUCAAGAGUUUACGUGUGUUGGAGGUGUUUUUAAUCAUUGGUCUCUCAACUUGCAUUCAAUUCUUUUUACCAUUGUUUUUCUCUUGUCAAAAUACUGCACCAUUCAUCCCUUCUGUCGGUAAUAGUACACUCACCGAUGUUACAUUAACCAAUGGUGCAUUCUAUAAUAGUACCAUCAUCAAUGGUACAUUCUACAAUAGUACAAUCGCCAAUGGUACAAUCUAUAAUAGUAAAUUCUAUAAUAGUUCAAUCUAUAAUAGUACAAUCACCAAUGGUACGGGUGUUUCAUAUGAUCCAGCAGAGACUCUUAAAGAGUUGAGUGAAUUCAAGAGAUUCAAUUGUAAGGAGGGUUGGUAUAAUCCAAUGGCAACACUUAUUUUCGCAUCCUAUGAGGAGUCAAUCACCAAUUUACUAAAGGUCAAUUCAAAUAAUGUUACCAAUACUGAACGGUUGGGUUUGUGGCCAAUGUUUUUGUUUUGUAUUUUCUAUUUGUUUUUCGCUGCCUAUACUGCUGGUUGCGCUGUUGCAACGGGUACCCUUGUACCGAUGCUUGUUAUUGGUGCGUCGUAUGGUCGUUUCGUAGGUUUGGUGGUUUACCAUAUUUUGGGUGACAAGGUCAGCAUUGAUCCUGGUAUUUACGCAGUGAUGGGUGCAGCUGCCUUCAUGGGUGGUGUAUCUCGUCUUACCAUUAGUUUAACUGUUAUUCUCAUUGAGAUCACAGAUCGUCUAAAAUAUCUCUUACCAUUGAUGUUGACAGUUAUGACUGCCAAAUGGGUUGCCGAUGCUCUCAUUCAUCCAUUGUUUGAUCUUUUGAUGCAAAUGAAAUACAUUCCAUACCUCGAACUAGAUCAAUCCAAAGAGAUGAAAUUGAUGAUGUGUAAACAUAUCAUGGCAAAGAAACCAGUCUAUUUGGCAGAGAAAGACACCUUGGGCAAUAUCUUCGUGUCUUGAAAGAAACUCGUCACAAUGGUUUCCCAGUGGUCAACAAUGACGAGGAGAAGUUGGUCAAAGGUCUCAUUUUACGUACUCAAUUAUUAAUGAUUUUAGAACGUAUCUCUGAUGUUUACAUUCCAAACUCUGAAGCAAUCUAUUCUCACAUUGAAUAUACCACCAAAUUAACCUGGAAAUUACCAUCGGUCAAUGAUUUCAAUUUCGAUCCAGCUGAUUACUCUCAAGAGAUUGAUCUUUCCGAUGUUAUGAAUUUAACUGUAAUCACCGUUAACGUUGAAUUUGCAGUUAGUGAAGCUUUUCAAUUAUUCAGAACAAUGGGUUUACGUCAUAUGCCUGUUGUAAAUGAAAAUAACAAACUCAAAGGUAUUAUCACUAAAAAGGAUCUUUUAGAAAAAACUUGUGAACAAAGAUAUCGUGAAUUAAAUCAUAUGAAAUUGGGUAUUGAUCAAUUAAUUCAUGUUGGUGAUGAAUAA